AUGCCUCAAUAUUUUGCCAUCAUUGGUCAUAAGGACAAUCCCAUAUAUGAAGCAGAAUUCUCCAUUCAACAAGGAAACCAAAAGAACCUUGGAUUUUCUCAAGAAUUGAAGGAGAUGAAUCCAUUCAUAUUGCAUGCAUCUCUGGAUAUUAUCGAGGAUUUGCAAUGGCAAGUGGUACCAUCGAAUUCCCAGUAUACAAAUGGCAAUAACAGUGACAAUGGCAGUAAUUUUAGUAUAUCAAGUACAGGAGGAUUUCUACGAUCUAAAACUGUAAAUAAUACAGACAAUUGUUAUUUAGGGAAGGUCGAUCAUUUCUAUGGUUUGGCCAUAACAGCUUAUAUAUCAUAUGGUGGUAUGAAGUUUGUUAUGAUCCAUGGAACAUCUAACAGUGGAGGUUCCAACACUUCUGCUAGUGUUGUUAUAGAUGAUAGUGCAUGCAGAUCUUUUUACCAAGAAAUUCAUGAACUAUAUAUUAAGACCCUGAUGAAUCCAUUUUAUAGAGCUGGCGAUCCAAUAUCAAGUCCAGUAUUUGAUUCGAGAGUACGAUCAUUAGCACGUAAAUAUCUAAAUAAGUAA